UCCAACCACACUGGAGCAUGUCGAAGGCGGCGAAGAAGGACGACGUGACGGUGGGCGCGCUGCGCAUCGUGCACAAGGAUAGCUCCAAGGAAAUGGAAGAGUUCAUCGUGAAUAGCGCGACGAACGCGCUCAAGGCAUACUACAAAGGCGACAAGAACCACUUCACUGAAGUCGCACAACAGAUCAAGAAAGAACUGGAAGAGUCCAACGACGGGAGCUGGCACGUGAUCGUGGGCAAGUCCUUCGGAUCGUUCGUGACACACGAAGUUAAAAAGAUGGUGUACUUUUUCCUCGGGCAAGUCGGGUUUCUCAUAUUUCGCCAUGGAUAAACAAACUCAUAGUCCCUCCUUCAUCUAUCAUGUCAUCGCACAUGCAACUUUUGCUGCCAACCGAAUGCGUCGACAGAAUUGUCAUCGGUCCUUUCAAUGUCACGAUUCAUUCCCGGACGUCAUCGUCAAAGGAGUUGUUGCAACGAUGUUGACUGAAACAUGUAUCGAUAUAUGCCA